UUAUGGAAAUAAUCUAUUUAUUGUACAAUAUCUUUUGGUAAAUAUUCUAAUUAGUUGUCAUCUUUUAUAUUUAGCAAUUAUCUUUGUAAUUGAUUAUUAUCUAUGUAAUUGAUAAUAAUCUCCGUAAUUAUCUCUUGCCUAAAAUUAGGCUUGUACACUUUUGUAUAUAUUGAUUAUUCAGUGAAUGAGAAUGACACGGCAAACAUUCUUUUAUGGUAUCAAAAGUCUAGGUUACUUUUCUGACCUAAUUCUCUCUUCCGCUUUUUCUUCUUCUCUAAUCUUCUUAUUCUCACACGGCUAUCCACCAUGGCCGAAUCUCAGAAAAUUCAUCCCGCUACUCUUGUCACUAAUAUCAAGACCCACGUACCUGUUGUUCUUGAAUAUGACGGUUCCCAAUACAACAACUGGUCUACUUUGUUCAAACUCCAUUGCCGUGCUUAUAUGGUGAUUGAUCAUAUUACUCCGGUUGCUACGGAAUCCGAUGCUGAUAAAGAGAAACCGGCUCCGAAUUCUUCUGAUGCAGCUCUCUGGCACCGACUUGAUGAUAUUGUUCGACAGUGGAUUUAUGGUACUAUUUCUAACGAUCUCUUAAAUUCCAUUAUUGAUGCUGAUGAUAAGGCAAUUGAUACAUGGAAUCGUUUAGAAAAUUUUUUCCACAACAACAAGUCUGCCCGGGCACUUAACCUUGAUGCGCAGUUUACUAACACCAAACUCGAACAAUUUGAUGGUGUUAAACCUUAUUGCACUCGUCUCAAAACCCUUGCUGACAGUUUACGAAACGUGGGUGAUAAGGUAUCCGACAAUCGGAUGGCGCUUCAACUUUUGAAAGGGCUUUCGGAGGAGUAUAAGCCUUUUCGUACAUCUGUUCGACAUAUUAGUCCCUUGCCUUCCUUUGAUACUCUACGUUCCAUGCUUGAACUAGAGGAACAAAGUAACUCUUCGGACCUUGCAAUUGAAGCUCGCGAGGAGGCUCUUCUCACCGCCUCUUCCACAGCGUCACACCCUUCUAGUGAUCAUUCUUCAUCUUCUAAAGGAGGGAAUUCACGAGGUAGAGCCAAGGGUAAAGGGAAAGGCAGCGGCGGCAAGGGCAAAGGUGGUGCCGGCCGGAACAACCAGCAGCAGCAACAAUCUUCGCAGCAGCAGCAACCGCGCCAAGGUGGCGCCUCCUCCCAACAGCAGCAGCAGCAGGGCAUGGGGUGGAUGUUUCCCCCAUGGCCGUACUGGGGCAAUGGCCCUUGGGCAACCCCACCUUGUCCGUACCCAGCCCAGGGUCCGGGCCCAAACCCGUGGACAGGGGCAAGGCCGUACCAGCCUCCUUCUCAAGGCAUCCUCGGGUCUCGACCUAAUCAAGCGUACUUCUCAAGCGCUCCAUCUUCUCAUCCGGGUUCUGUUCCUACCAACAUUGAACAAGCUAUGCACACAAUGUCUCUCACCGAUCCAAAUUACUAUAUGGAUACCGGGGCAACCUCUCACAUGACGAAUUCCCAAGGAUUUGCAGACGGGGAGCAAAAUAGUGAGGUGUAAUAGCAGUGGCGAUCUCUAUCCUUUUCUCACUGAUCGUCAAAUCAUUUCACCUACCACCCCUUCAGCUUUUGCAGUUGUCUCUCCUAGUUUAUGGCAUUCCCGUUUAGGUCAUCCGGGA